CUGCCCAAGUCCUAAUAAAGUAUGCUUGAAAUCUGAUGAACCAAAACCGUGGACCAUCACCGCCGGUAUCCUAUCCCAAUUCCACAGAUUUGAGGUUUCCACUCCCCUCUUCCAGUACUUAUACCACCCGAAAAACCAAGCAGAAUCCCACCUCUCGAACCAAAGCCUGGAACUCAUAGGGCAACGAAAGCGAAGGAUCGAUCUCUGCGAUCUUUGGAGUCCGCUGGUCCCGCUGAUUUCUUGAAAUCUCAGGCCCCAAAGCCGCGAUUUUUAUUUCCCCCUUUCCGGUGGGACAGCUGCUGUGGCUGGGAGGCAUUGUUGGCGGCCGGAGGUGCAACCAUCGAUUCUUUACUUGAGAUUCUAUAUAAAGGCCUCGGUUCAGAUCAUUAUCAAGCAUGUCUCUCCUUUCAAAGCUACGUUUGAUCACCGUGGAUGUGACUGGCACGCUUAUCGCUUACAAAGGACAUCUUGGGGAUUACUACUGUAUGGCAGCUAAGUCAGCUGGGAUGCCAUGUCCUGACUAUAACCGCGUGCAUGAGGGCUUCAAGGUUGCAUACACUGAGAUGGCAAGACAGUACCCAUGCUUUGGAUUUGCAGCAAAGAUGCCGAACAUUGAAUGGUGGAGGACAUGUGUUAAGAAUUCGUUCGUUAAGGCUGGCUAUGAUUAUGAUGAGGAGACAUUUGAGAAAAUCUUCAGACGUAUUUAUUCUGCUUUUGGCUCCUCUGCGCCAUACUCAGCAUUUCCUGAUGCGCAUCCCUUCCUGAGGUGGGCUCGGGAGAAGGGACUCACAGUUGGGAUAGUCAGCAAUGCAGAGUACCGCUACAAAGAUGUAAUCUUGCCAGCCUUAGGGUUGAAUCAGGGCUCGGAAUGGGACUUUGGGGUGUUUUCAGGCAUUGUUGGUGUUGAGAAGCCAGAUCCAAAAAUUUACAAGAUAGCACUGGAGAUGGCAGGAAACAUUGCGCCAGAAGAAGCACUCCACAUAGGUGACAGCAUGCGGAAGGACUACACCCCAGCAAGGAGCGUUGGGAUGCAUGCGCUGCUCCUGGACCGGUUCAAGACGGCUGACGCUGAGAGCUGGAGGCAGUCUGGCGCAACGGUGCUCCCUGACCUGGUUGCCACUCAAGAGUGGCUCACCAAGAACCAGAAUGAGGAACAGAAGCACGAGACAGUAGCAGCUCAAGUGCUGAACAGAAUGUCUGAAAAGCUAAAGAUGGGGGCUUAAGCCCGCAGAGAGUUCCUUUUUACGCGCCGGUUGUGAACUGAAGAUCCUGCUGGUGGAAGGAGAUAGGUGAUGGUUCUUGACUACUGGCUAGUGUAAUUAGCAUGAGCUGCUGGCUGUUGUAAUGCCUACUGGGGCUUAUGCUGAUUGCUGAAUAUGACUAGCAAAUCAGUGUCAUGACUGUCUACUGACGAAGACUUCCGAGCUCCGUUUUCCACCUAUGUGGAUCAAUAAAGAAGAGGAAAUGGAUUUCACA